UAAUAAGAACCUGCUGUAUAAAAAAAUAAAAUAAAAUUCAAAAAAAACCCCAGUUAAUUUUAGGUUACAUAACCACAAUAUGUAAUUUAGGUUGUUUUACUACCAUAUAAAAGAAAGAAAAAAGGAUAUAGAUAGUGAAAAUUCCAAUUCACAUCACACACAAGAUUUUUGCACUUUGCUCAGAAAAGAAAUAAAUAGAGUAAUAAAAUAAAACUGGAACUCUUUGUAUGGGGGAAGAAAGCCUUGCCACGCCUCUGAGAGGAAGAGGGCAGUUUCAGCAGAAGCACUUUCAGUCUAUGAGAGAAUGCCAAGAACAUUGACUGCCUUGAGGUCUCCAGCACCAUUCUCCACUGCUAAGAGCAUGAUCUGGCUGUUCCAGUCUCUCACGCUUGUCUCCUGCCUUGGCCCAGGGAACACAGUUUCACAAACCAGCUCAACCCCAUUGAUUGUGAACGGGGUCCUGGGGGAGUCUGUAACACUUACCCUGAAGUUUCCUGUGGAAGAGGAGAUCACGUCCAUCACCUGGCUACAUGAGGGAAAAUCUGCCAUCUUCAUAGCGCCAAAUGAUGCACUAAACAGGGUGACUGACCCAAAGCGGAAAAAUCGAUUGAAUGUCACCGAGUCCUAUUCCUUGCAGCUCAGCAACCUGACGAUGGCAGACUCAGGACUUUACAGAGCCCAGAUAACCACAGUGACCUCUUCACUGUUUACCGAUUAUGAUCUGAGGAUCUUCAGACGACUGAGGAACUUACAAGUUGUCCCUCACACCAAAUGGUCUAAUAAUAGGACCUGUGAGAUCCUCCUGACCUGCUCUGUGGAGAAUCCAAAUGAUAACAUCUUAUUCAGGUGGCAGGUCUCAGGAAACACACUUCAAAGUGAAGCAAACCUUACUAUCUCCUGGGACCCCAAGAGUUUCAAUGAAGAGACCUACACCUGCGUAGCUGAGAAUGCUGUCAGCAAUUCAUCCUUCUCUGUCUCUGUCCAGAGUCUCUGCAAAAGUGUUACUAAUGAAAAAAAUGAACACCUGGAUACCAUGUGGAUUGUAGUGGCAGUUUCUUCAAUAUGUAUAGUCGUGGUCAUCAUCGUGUUGUUAUUUGUUUGGAGGAAAAAAAUAGGUUUCUUUCAAUUCUCUACUCAGCAAACCCAGUGUCCUGCAGAGACUGUGAGGAACGUAGAGUAUGCUUCCUUCUCUCCAGGGAGCACUGUGUAUGCUCAGGUCACCCAUUCAAAGAGGGAAAUGGAAAUCCCAAAACCUGUGAAAAACAAUGACUCCACCACAAUUUACUCUGAAGUUCAACAGUCUCAAGAGAAAGCCCACCUAUUCCAGGACAACUGCCCUUCACACUGUCAUGUAAUUUGCUGAAAGUCUUCAAAGGAAUUCAGGAACAACACAUCUUCUAAUCCUAUGGGAGAGAACAGAGCUUGGUUUCUGUCUGACAACAGAAUUUGAAUAUCUAGGAUUAUCAGACUUGAAUCUGCUUACCUAGGUCAAACAUUUAAGGAAUAACAUCAUCUCCAGCAUAUGACCCAAAUAACAAUUUCUAAUCAGCUCCAAGUGAAAACAUACAUCAGAUACCAUGCUUGAAAAAAUCCUCAACAAAAUACUAGCGAUCCGAAUCCAACAAUACAUUAAAAGGAUCAUACACCAUGA